GCUAUUUUAUUUUUUAUCUUUUUAUUUUUGUAGUGUUUCAGACGAAUAGAGCGGAGUUACGUAGCGACAUUUCUAAGUAUUCAAAAAUGCUGCGUGCUACCAGACAACCAAUCAUAAACUGCCGCAGCGCUUGCCUCAUUAAAUAUUCAAUAAGUCGCAGAAACUGUCACGCGCUUUUUAGUUUCAAGUAACGUCUGAGGGGAAUACAAAUGUGUCGAUAAACUGCGUUUUACUUCUAUUUAUUUUAUAUAUUUCAUUUAAUUGUAGGCUAUUAUACUGCAGAAGACUUAAAACAACAGAAAUGAUUUUCGUGAUGACAUUCAUACGUUAUAAAGCCUAUAUUUAUACUUGACUCAGAUUAAAACGGCUCGCGUGCUCGUUGGGAGUGCUUGUUGUUUUAAAGAGUUUUAUUACAUUUUUGAAGAAUAUUACUACAUUUGCGAAUUUUAACGUCAAAUGUAAGCUAUCAGAGAACUGUCUACCAAUUAGGCUAACAUUAAUUACCAAGUAUGGAUGUACAAAACGGCACAAGAUAAUUAAAAUGGGUCUUAGGUAAACAAAUUCAAGCGAGAAAAUCACUGCUGUGACUCCACCUAUCUUCACAGAUAGCAGCCAGAUGAGAGAGAGAGAGGUACACGGAGGGGGCGCAGGGGUUGCUGUUUCACCCGAACCUCACGAAUGCAUGAAGCUCGAACCUGAACACCAAGAUCCACUAUUUGAAAUUAAAAAUAUCAAAUCGUAGGGGGACCAACCAUUUGUUACUGAGGCGCCACUUAAUAUAUCUGGGCAAUAUUAUUCAAUAAAAUCCUCUCAAGUUUCAGUAAAAGACAUUUGGAAAGUCGUGACUGGGUGAACCGAACCAUGGAUCCGUGGAGAUUUAGUUUGAGUUUAUUAAACCUCUCACGAUGGCAGGUGUGUGGACUGAAUUCUUGCGCUCUCACAAAACCCUGAGACCGAACUGACCAUUAAGUGGACUUAGCUGGUCUGAAGAAGGUGUUUGUGUUGGACGUUGCUUUUAAUGAGAAGGCAUUCAUCAUUCCGAGUGAAUUACGCUGUGCACAGGUAAGAUCUUCCUCCUCAUCAUCAUCACCUUAUGCGCUUCAUCAGGUCUUUGUUUCAGCACCGAGGACAGAUCCAAACACAUCAAACACCUGCACCUGUGGGGACAUCAUGAAUGGAAGCUGAUUUCUCACCAAUCCUAAAGCAAAAUCAACUUUGCAUCCUUGAAACAAGUUGCACAAGGUGUUGAGUUUAUGCCACAUCAAUUCUUCACAGGUGCAGAGAAGAUAUCGAGAUGUGUCCACAAUCAACGGCAGACUUGAAUAUCUCAAACAAGUAAACCACACAGGGUAGUUAUAAGGGUUCUUCACCUCUCAUAAACCCUGACAUGGCUGGAGUUACGCACAUCUUCCUGUUCCUGUUAAUUCCUCUGGCUCAAACCAGCACCAGGUACACCCCACCCCUGGCCGGAUCAAAGCGGGAGGUCAUCAUAGAUGGAGACCUGGUGAUCGGAGGGCUGUUCCCCGUGCACGAGAAGGGUGAAGGGACGGAGGAUUGUGGUAAGAUAAACGAAGAGCGUGGGAUCCAGAGGCUGGAGGCCAUGUUGCUGGCGCUGGACGAAAUUAACCAGGACAAUCGUAUCCUGCCCGGCUUGAAGCUGGGAGCCCAUAUACUGGACACCUGCUCUAAAGACACUUAUGCACUAGAGCAGUCGUUGGAGUUUGUCAGGGCUUCUCUCACAAAAGUGCAUCAGCCAGGCUUCAUCUGUCCAGAUGGGUCGAAUCCUGUGCCGGACGAAUUGCCUCUGGCCAUCUCGGGAGUGAUUGGAGGAUCAUAUAGUGAUGUCUCUAUACAGGUGGCAAACCUUCUUAGACUCUUCCAGAUCCCACAGAUAAGCUAUGCUUCCACUAGUGCCAAGCUCAGCGACAAAUCCCGUUAUGAUUAUUUCGCCCGAACUGUCCCACCAGAUUUCUAUCAGGCUAAAGCCAUAGCUGAGAUCAUACGGUACUUCAACUGGACCUACGUUUCCACUGUAGCAUCAGAGGGUGACUACGGUGAGACAGGUAUCGAUGCGUUUCAACAAGAAGCCAGAGUACGCCAAAUCUGCAUCGCAACUUCAGUAAAAGUCAGCCGCUCAGUAAACAGAGGAAAUUACGAAAAUGUUAUUCGCUCACUGCAGCAAAAAGCCAAUGCCAAAGUGGUGAUCCUCUUCACCAGAAGUGAAGAUGCAAGGGAACUGCUUGCUGCUGCAGCCAGGAUGAACGCUACCUUCAUUUGGGUGGCCAGCGACGGCUGGGGAGCACAGGAGAGCGUAGUCUAUGGCAGCGAGAAGGCUGCUAAAGGGGCUUUCACCAUUGAGCUUGCCUCAUACUCCAUCAGGGAGUUUGAAGACUAUUUCACCAAGCUAACACCGGAAUUGAACACACGAAACCCAUGGUUUAGGGAAUUCUGGGAGCACAGGUUUGGCUGUCGUCUACAUGAACAUGGCUGCGCCAGUAAUAGCCUGAGGAAUGGGUCAUUUAAGCCAGAAUCAAAGAUCAUGUUUGUGGUGAAUGCAGUCUAUGCCAUGGCCUAUGCCCUGCACAACAUGCGGCAAGCUGUGUGCCCCAAUACCACAAAGGUGUGUGAUGCCAUGAAGCCAGGCAAUGGAAAGAGGUUCUACCGGGAGUUUAUUCUCAAGACUAAGUUUGAUGCCCCUUUCAGGCCUGCUGACACUGAGAACGUGGUCCGGUUCACCUCAUCAGGUGACUGCCUGGGUCGUUACAACAUCUUCCACUACCGCCAAGAGGACAACAAAUUUGUCUACCGGAAGGUAGGCUACUGGGCACAGAGCUUAGUGCUCAAUACCAGUCUGGUGCCUUGGGCUGGUGGAGCAGUUCCUACAUCCCAAUGCAGUGACCCAUGCCAACCCAACGAAGCUAAAAGCAUGCAGCCUGGGGAUGUGUGUUGUUGGAUUUGCAUCCCAUGCCAACCCCACCAGUAUCUCCUAGAUGAAUUUACCUGUGUGGACUGUGGAUUUGGAGAAUGGCCCCUUGCUAACCUGACAGGGUGCUAUGAGCUUCCGGAGGAGUACAUCCACUGGUCGGACGCAUGGGCAGUAGGACCCGUCACCAUCGCCUGUCUGGGGAUGCUGUGUACACUUGCUGUUGCUGGGGUUUUCUUACGGAACAACGACACUCCGGUGGUGAAAGCUAGCGGUCGAGAACUUUCAUAUAUCCUGCUAUUAGGUGUACUCCUUUGCUAUGCCAUGACCUUCAUUUACAUUGCCAAACCUUCGGCGUUUGUAUGCACCCUGCGACGUCUUGGCCUUGGCACCUCCUUUGCAGUUUGCUACUCGGCUUUGCUGACGAAAACCAACAGGAUUGCUCGGAUAUUUGGUGGGGCAAGAGACAGUGCCCAACGACCACGCUUCAUCAGCCCUGCCUCUCAGGUAGCAAUCUGUGCCGCACUGAUCUCUGCCCAGCUGUUGGUCGCUCUUAUCUGGCUGCUGGUAGAGGCACCGGGGGUGAGGAAAGAAGUGGGUCCAGAUCGAAGAGAUGUGGUGACUCUGAAAUGCAACAGCCUGGACUCAAGCAUGCUGGUGUCCCUCACCUACAACUGCAUCCUCAUCAUCCUCUGCACCUUUUAUGCCUUCAAGACCAGAAAAUGUCCAGAGAACUUCAACGAGGCUAAGUUCAUCGGCUUCACCAUGUACACCACCUGCAUCAUCUGGCUUGCCUUCCAGCCCAUCUUCUAUGUCACUGCCAGUGACUACAGAGUGCAGACCACGACCAUGUGCAUCUCCGUCAGUCUGAGCGGCUCCGUGGUGCUCGGCUGCCUCUUUGCCCCCAAGAUCCACAUCAUCCUAUUCCAGCCGCAGAAGAAUGUGACCUCUCUGAGGGCCAAAGAAAACCGAUUCUCCACGGCAGUCACCGCACCGAGCUCCACCUACUCACAAGCUUCAGCAUCUACUAUAGUACCAACUGUGUGUAACGGGCGAGAGGUGGUGGACUCUACGACAUCAUCAUUGUAAAGAAGUAUUUAAGCAAGAUGGGGCCAAUUUUAUAUCACAUCAUCAAAAUGAGAAGUUGAAUGCAG